AUGAGCAGUAAGGGAGAUUUCGCCGCCGUCAGGCGUGAUAUCGCUGCCCAGAUGAAGCAGCCUGGGUACGAUGACGGAAGCGCAGGCCCUGUCUUCGUCCGGCUCGCAUGGCAUUCUGCAGGUACAUAUGACAUUGAGAGCGAUACGGGAGGCUCGAACGGCGCUGGCAUGCGCUAUGAAGCAGAGGGAGGAGACCCAGCCAACGCCGGACUGCAGCAUGGCCGCGCAUUCCUCGAGCCCAUCAAGGCCAAACACCCCUGGAUCACAUACUCCGACCUCUGGACGCUCGCAGGCGUCGUCGCCAUCAAGGAGAUGGGUGGCCCCGAGAUAAGCUGGCUGCCCGGCCGGACAGACUUCGUGGACGACUCCAAGGUGCCUCCUCGCGGCCGUCUUCCCGAUGCCACCAAGGGCAGCGACCACAUCCGACACAUCUUCUACCGCAUGGGCUUCAAUGACCAGGAGAUCGUGGCCCUCUCCGGCGCCCAUAACCUGGGCCGCACACACAUGGACCGCAGCGGCUUCGAAGGGCCUUGGGUCAACAACCCAACCCGAUUCUCAAACCAGUAUUUCCGGCUGCUCAAGAAGCUCGAGUGGAAGCCUCGCACGCUCUCGAACGGGACGAAGCAGUUCAAUUACGUGGACGAGGACGUGCCUGAGGAGGAGCGCGAGGAGCCGCUCAUGAUGCUGCCGACGGACAUGGCCCUGCUCUCGGACCCCGAGUUCGCGAUGUGGGUGGACAAGUACGCUGAGGACAAGGAGCUCUUCUUCGACCAUUUCUCCAAGGCCUUCCACAAGCUGAUGGAGCUGGGCAUCAAGCGGAAUGCGCAGGGCGAGGUUAUCAACACCGACAACGUCCGCGGCGGAUACAUCUCUGCGCCCAAGAAGAGCGACCGGCCAACCGCGCCAGACCAGGCUCCCAGGGCUCAUCUAUAG